UUAACAUGCACCGAACGACAUUUUUAGAAAAUCCAAACAAUAUAAACAAGUAACUAGUGACGUUGAAAAGAAUUUAUAUGUCCAGGCUGUAUGAUAAGUUAGCACAACAUGUGAACUUAAAUACAGAUAAAACAGUACAAUAGUAUCAAUUCAACUCUCUUCUUAUCCCAUUUUCUCAAAAAAAAAAAAAAAAACAUUCUCUAAAUAAACCAUUUUGGCCUUCAAAUUCCCAUUAUUUUCCCUUCACUUAUUUCUUGAAAAUAAAAUAAAAUAAAAUAUGAAAGAUAUGUUCUGUGCUUCUCAAGCUGCUACAGCAAUAUGCCUUAGCAUGGAAGAAUUAGGCUCUUCCUCUUCUUCCUCCUCUGUUAUCCAACUCGGCGGCGGCAGCAUUUCCGGCAGCCGUGCAAUCGAUCGGUACAACCCGAUAAUCAGAGAUUCACGAAGAACGGGUCCUAAAUCCAUUUCUGCACCUUGCUCUGCUCGUUUGCCAAUUUCUCCGAAACCACAGAGCAAGAACAGAAAAUCAACUUCGAAAGAAUCGAAGAGAUCAAAGGGCGUCUCAAAAAAAUUAGUGAUAGAUAAAGAUGAUGAGAAAAGAAAGAGCAGUGUUGAAGCAAAAGAGAAUAUUAAGACAAGUAGUUGGAGCUGCAAAAAGCCUGGUGAAUUUAUAACUCCACCAGGUUCAUCUAGGUAUCUUUUAAGUGAGAAGAAUUUGUUGGAUGCUUUAUCAGAUUUUGACCCUGUUCUCAAGUUGGUUGAUUCUAGUAGUAGUACCACCUCUGUGGUGGAAGAUGUGAAAACAGAGACAGAUGAAUCUUGUCCUCCUCCUCCUUCUUCUACUAAUCAGGUGGUUGUUCUAAGAGUUUCACUUCACUGUAGAGGAUGUGAAAAGAAGAUGAGGAAACACAUCUCUAGAAUGCAAGGUGUGAGAUCUUUCAACAUAGAUUUUGCUGCUAAGAAGGUGACAGUAACUGGGGAUGUGACACCAUUAGGUGUUCUUGCAAGCAUUUCCAAGGUGAAAAAUGCACAGCUUUGGACACCAACACUGGCAUCUUCUGUCCCUACACCCAAAGUUAAUUUGAGUAAUUCUGAGUUGAAGAAUAAUGACAAGCAGAUGGUGUUGUCUCAUGAAAAGGUAGAAAAUGUUUCUCCAAGUACAACAAUUCAACUAAUGUAAAUCAAUUUUUUUGUGGUUUAGUAGACUUCAGAGAAAUGGAAUUUUAGUAAGGGAUUGUUUUAUCAUCUUCCUGAUGGAUUUCACUUUCUGGUGCUUGUGAACUUCUCAAUUUUCAUGGACAAGUUUUGCUGCCUA